AUGUUGCGACGACGGAAGAUUUUCACAAACUAUACUGAAAUUCCAACUCAUUUACCACAAUCUCCCAGUCCGCCACCGAUACAACAACAACAAGCUCACCAGCCCCACAGAACCAUUCAAGAGCAUCAACAACCAACACAUCAGCAUAGCAAUGGCCCACCGCUUCAACAUCGACCGCUUUUACAUGGCUUGUUGAGUGGAACGCACCUUUCGCAAGCGUCUUAUCACCGCGGUUACAGCUCUUCAAGUACAGGUUCAUUACCACCAUCGCCUGCAGACAGCGGUGUGUCUGAUGUAGAUAGUUCAAGUAGCGGCAAUGGUCAACCGAUUUGUAGCGACGAGAUAAAGGCACGUUUAGGCCUUUCGGGAACAACAGCAACAUCAAAUAAUCCGGGACAACAGCAAACGCAACUGCCACCACCUCCCGGAACAUUUUUACAUCCCAAUUUCUAUCAUCAAUCAGCUCCAUUGAGGAACUUGUGGAGUAAUAGGAAUGUUUCAUGUAAGUAG